GUCACACCGGAGACCUAGCUACAGGCGGCGCUUGUAGCGAGGUAGGCGACCGGCGAGAGCGGCGGCGAGCGGUAUCUGCGAGAGGAGCGGCGAGAGCUGCGGGAGGGGCAGAGAAAGGGCUGAAUGGUUCUCAGCAUCUCACCGGCGAAGACAAGCAUGGAUCCCGCCGAGCCGCUCCACAUCGCCGCCGCCGUUCUUGGAAUCUGACCAGCGAACUCACCUCCCGCCGUUCCUGUACUCCGACACCUACGCUAUUGAUACAAUAAUUCAGUGAUAAGCCCCCACCCUCUUGGUCUUGGGAUCCUGUGACAAGACCAAUAUUUGUGCUGAAAUGAGCCUGCGGAGUCUAGAACGUAUUAGGAAGAGGAAAAACGAAGAUGAAGAAUUUUUGUUUGCCAUCUUGCCUGCAUUGUACUUCCAUCUGACAUGGCAAAGGAAAAUAGACAAACCAUACCUUUCCUUUCUAUACGGCAAGGAGCAACGGCAACUUUUAUUUGAGGCUAAAACGUGGUGGGAGUUGGGCUCCAGACUUGGCGAGUUCGUCCAAUGUUUAAAGCAACCUGUACUGGUUAGCGGCUUGGGAAUUGUCAUCUGAGAAACGAAGAGGAUAGCAACUAGGUUUUCUCCUUUUAGCAAUGCAGCAACGACUCCGACGGGGGAUAUGGAGCCAAUCAGCUAGAUUUGGGGUUGAAAUAUAUACUUAAUUGGAAGCAACCACAGGCUCAAUAAGAAAUGGCUAUACCAGGGAGCAGUACUGGCGGUGGCAGGUCGGCGAAUGGCGCAGCUGCCAUUAAUGCUGCCGCGGCGGUUGGCUUGGGCGACGCCAGAUUCCACUCCCAGCAACUGCAGCAGGAUAGGCAGGGCAGAUGGUCUGGCUGUUUUUCUGGCUUGUCAUGCUUCGGAUCGCAGAAGGGUGGAAAGCGGAUAGUUCCUGCAGCACGCAUGCCUGAUGGGAAUGCAUCUACUAACCGUGGAAAUGGUCGCCAAUCUGGUGGCAAUUCCAACCAGCAUGCAGCUAUGAAUCCAUCCCUUCUUGCUCCACCAUCAUCACCAGCAUCCUUCUCACAAUCUGCACUUACUUCGACUGCUCAGUCACCUAAUUGCUUCCUGUCAAUAUCCGCAAACUCUCCUGGUCCAACAUCUAGUAUGUUCGCUGUUGGACCAUAUGCUAAUGAACCUCAGCUUGUCUCACCUCCAACAGCCUUUUCAACUUACACAACUGAGCCCUCCACAGCACCACUGACCCCUCCCCCUGAAUUAGCUCAUGCAACCACUCCAUCAUCUCCAGAUGUUCCAUAUGCUAGGUUUCUUUCAUCUUCUAUGGGUCUUAAAGCUGCUGGCAAGGAGCAAAACAUGCAUUACUUAUCAGCGACAUACUCUGGUGGUUCAGGAUUCCAGGGAUCUUAUCCACUUUACCCAGGGAGCCCUUCUAGCAGUCUCAUAUCACCUGCCUCGGUAACUCCAAGAACUGGUCUCUCCUCGCCUAUCCCUGAGCAAGAUGUUCCUACUGCACAUUGGAAGACAUCUAGGUCCGCAUGUGACACACUGUAUUCAAUUGCUUCUCCCAUUCCUGAGCAAGAGGUGCCUACUGCACAGUGGAAGACUUCUAGAUCUGCUUGUGACACACCGUAUUCCAGGACAUCGCAAUCCAACAUGUUUGGGCUUGAUUCAGCUGCCUCCAGAAACUAUCUGCUAGAUACUAAUUUUUUCCGUCCAGCUGCAUCUGCUCAAUUCUACCUGGAUCAGGCUCAGCAGUCAUUUCCUUGCAAUGGUGGGAGGCUUAGUGUUUCAAGGGAUAAACAAGAUACUGAUGAGGUUGAAGCUUACCGAGCAUCUUUUGGAUUCAGUGCAGACGAGAUCGCUACAACUCAGCAUUAUGUAGAAAUACCUGAUGCUGUUGAUGAUGGAUUCAGCAUAUCUCCAUUUGGAAACAGUACCCCUGCUACUGAGGUGUGCCCAUUUAAUGAUCUUCCUAAUGAGAUUCACGACAUUGAUAAGAUGGAUAAAUCAGUGUUCAAUGUAAAACAGAUCACAAGCUCAAAGAAGUCAGCAGACGAGCUUGCCAGUGGCACAACACAUAAUGUAUUGCACCUGGAUAUAUUCAAAGGAACAAAAGGGGGCCAUCUAUCCGACGAUGACGCUAGCGCCAAAGAUUGUCACCCUUUCAGUAAGGCGAGGGACGAAAUAUCUCUAAAACCCAUAGAGGUGAGGAAGAAAUCUCCGCCUGGCCAGGCAUGCUCAGAUGCAGAAAUCGAGUACAGAAGGGCGAGGAGUUUGAGAGAGGUCAACAGUGUUUUGUCAUGGCGCAGUACACUGUCAAGGCAGCUACAGUAAUGUUGCGCUAAUAUGCAGGACAAGUUUCAGAGUUUCCUUAGCCUAGUGUGCAUCUAUUCCAGCUGUUAGAAGUAAAAUCCGUAGUAGUCGAAGAGUAGCCUGUACUACAUACAGUAUAUCUGGGGAUUCUUACUGCUAGAUUAUGCUUCUGGAUAUGUGAUGACAACCAGCUUAUAUUCUGUUUAAAGUAGGCAUGUUCCUCUUUUGUAGACA